AUGGAUGAUGAGAUGAGAGCUCUUGCAAAAAAUCAGACAUGGGAUCUAGUGGAAUUACCACGAGAUAAGAAGACUGUUGGUUGCAAAUGGGUGUACACAGUGAAAUAUAAAUUAGAUGGUUUGAUUGAGAGGGAUAAAGCCCGGUUGGUGACCAAAAUGAAUACAGUUCGUUUGUUACUGUCCUUGACAAUAAUUUUCAGUUGGAAUAUUCAAGAAUUUGAUGAUAAAAAUGUACUAUUGCUUGAUGAUUUGGUUGAAGAGGUUUACAUGACUUUCCCACUAGGAUAUGAGGUAAUCAUUCAUCUAAUCUUGUUUGCAAGUUAAAGAAAUCCCUUUAUGGCCUCAAAUAGUCUCCACGUGCAUGAUUUGAAAGGUUUACAGUAGCCAUAAAGAAAUUGCAUUACAACCAAAGUAAUGUUGAUCACACACUAUUUUUUAAACACUCUUCUACAAGAGGAGUUAUAGUUCUAUUAGUUUAUGUUGAUAAUAUUAUCAUCAUAGGAAUCGAAGUGAUUGUUUGGCCAAAGAGUUUGAUAUCAAAACAUUGGGACGACUCAAGUAUUUUUUAGGAAUCGAAGUGACACAUUCCUCUGAAGUCAUUUUUAUUUCUCAACGAAAGUACAUCACAGAUUUGUUAGUUGAAACAAGGAAACCUACAUGUAAACCAGCCAAUACACCUAUUGAUCCAAACCAGAAAUUGUGUAUGGCAGAUGAAGAAAUUUCUAUUGAUCGUGAGAUGUAUCAACAUCUCAUUAGCUGACUGCUUUAUCUAACACACACUCAACCAUAUAUUUCAUAUUUAGUGAGUAUAUUGAACCAAUUUACGUAUCAGCCUAAAGAGUCUCAUUUACAUGCUGCCUACCGAGUGCUACAUUAUUUGAAAGGCACACCAGGAAAAGGGUUUAUUUUUAGACGAAGUGAAAAGGUAGAGGUUGAGAUGUUUACAGAUGCUGACUAUGCAGGCUCAACAAUUGAUUGAAGGUCAACCUCUGGUCAUCUUACUUUUGUUGGUGGCAACCUUGUCACAUGGAGUGAAAAACAGAAUAUGGUUGCUCAAUCAAGUGCUGAGGCUGAACUUAGGGCACUUGCCCAAGGAAUAUGUGAGUUACUUUGGGUCAAGAACUUGACAAGUUACAAGUUCUUUUAUUCAGUCCUAUGAAGAUUUAUUGCAACAAUAAGUCAGCAAUCAAUCUAAUGCACAACCCAGUACAGCAUGACCGUACCAAACAUGUGGAGAUUGAUUGCCAUUUGAUCAAAGAGAAACUAGAGGCCAAUGUGAUUUGUAUAUCAUACAUUUCAACAAAUAAUCAAUUGGCAGACAUGCUUACUAAAGGCAUCUUAGGUACACAACUGCAGAAGAUUAUUCUCAAGUUGAGAAUGGACAACAUCCACUCACCAACUUGAGGGGGAGUGUUGUUGAGAUACACUUAACAACCUGUAUACCUUACAUGUUUACAUAUAUGUCUUCGUGUAUCUUUCAUUUCAUGUUACAUCAGCAUGUCUAGAACCUUCUAGGGAUCUGGUAUAAAUAUUGGAUCCCACUCUCCUUGUAAAUUAUUUUUGAUAAAUAAAGUUUGACUUCUUCUUCCACAAGUGCUAGGCCCCUAUCAGAGCUCCAUACCGUGUGUUAUCUCAACUACAGUUCAGAAGCUGAGGAUUGGAGUUGCUAGAAAACAAGGACUUUACAUCUUGGAGGGAUCUAGUCAAACCUGUCUUAUGGAAGCGGAUCCAUCUAUAGAACAUCACAAGGAUCUAAGUCACAUUCAGCUCCUUCAUCAAAGAUUAGGGCAUCCUUCCUUUGCUACUAUGAAGAGUUUUCAUCUUUGUUUCAAAAGGUGUCUGUAAAAACCCUUUAAGUGUGACAUAUGUGAACUAUCCAAAUGUACUUGUAUUUCUUUUCCAAUUAGAAAUGAAAAGAGUGAGAUCCCUUUCUCUUGCACCCACAAUGAUGUUUGGGGACCAUGUCCCAACGUAGAUCUAAUGAGUAAUAAAUGGUUUGUUACCUUUGUGGAUGACUACAUCCGUUGCAUGUGUGUCUUUCUUCUUAAGCAGAAAUCAAAAGUUUCAAUUGCGGUGAAAUGUUUUUGUGCAAUGAUCAAAACCUAAUUUGAUAAUCCUAUAAAGAAAUUCAGGUCAAAUAAUGCGAAGGAAUACUUUAGCAAUGAUCUGAAUUCUUUUCUUUCAGGCUAAGGGUAUUAUACAUGAGUUUUCAUAUGUUUAUACUCAGUAAAAUGGAUUGACAGAAAGAAAAAAUCAACACCUCUUGGAGGUUACACGAUCACUCUUGUUUCAGACAAGUGCACCCAAAUUUUUUUGGGGUGAAGUUCUCUCAACAGCAACACAUUUAAUAAAUCGUCUCCCCACUAGAACCUUGGGUUUCUAAAGUCCUAUGGAAAAGUUAGCUUUUUAUUUCCCUCUUAAUCAUCUCCAUAUCUAAUUAGAGCCUCGCAUAUUCGGAUGUCUCAUUCAUCCAUAAUCAUAAUCCAACUAAAGGUAAAUUAGAUCCAAGAUCCCUCAAAUGUAUAUUUGUUGGAUAUUCAACAACUCAAAAAGGGUAUCAAUAUUAUCAUCCACCAACUCCAAAAUUCUUAACUAUGGAUGUUACCUUUCAUGAAUCAAUUUUUACUUUCAAAAAAACUCACAAGACACUUCUUUGCCAUUUCCCACUUUACCUGAUUUUUUUUCAGGAGUUUCUUCUCCUCCAAGUCAAAUUAUUCUACCAAUUCAUGUUUCUGACCAAAGUCCAUCUCUUCUUGAACCGCUUCUUGAAAAACUCAGAUUUGGUCGGGUUUAUUCAAGGACACGAGUACCUCCAAAUUCUGGAUCACCCCAGGACUCCGAACUAGCCUUAACCAAUGACCAAGAAACCACAUUCAUCCCUGCAGAAAAUACUGUUACGCAGACCAAGCUUUUUGCUAUAUUAGGCUUUCCUUUCAUUUUUCCUUUCUUUCCUAUUAUUAGAUGUAUUUCCUUUUUCGUGUUUCUGUUAUUAGACCUUUCCGUAUUACAGGAAAGAUUUAUUAGAUGCCAAUAUAAAUAUUGGCGUACUGCCCUGAGAAGGGCUAAGUCAGUUUUCCUUUCUUGUAACAUGGUAUCAGAGCCUUCUCUUUGAUCCUGUGUGAAGACUGCCGACAGAAGGUCAACCAACCUUGGUGGUGAUGACGACUUCACAUUGUAGGGAGUGUUGCUUGGUGAUCUUCUUCUUGCCUGCAGUACCUGAAAUCGUGAGGUUUCUUGGUUGUAAGCAGACCGGUAGAUUCCUUGGAGAGUCACUACACCAUCCUCGUUUCUUGACGGUGGGAGACAUCUACAAAAACAUCAUCGUCGAUUUCUUAACAGUGGUGGACGUCUGCGAAUACACCAUUGUUGUUUCUUGACAGUGGCAGUCAUCCUCAGUUUCUUGAACAUAAACUGUUAUUCAAAUCACAUUAGGGAAUCUCUGUUUGAGAUUUUUUUUGGCUAUCUGGUCACGGCUGAAGAACAUGGAGACAAGGGUCAGUGAAUCUUCCUCCUCUGGCCUAGGACAUUCAUUUGAAGUAAUUAAGGUAUGUUCAGAUCUACUUAAAUUGCUGAGAGAUUUUGAUUUGAUAGAAUCAAUUUGUUCCAAUGGACAUCAUAUGUGAAACUUAUUCUACAUGGGAGAAAUCUAGAUUGUCACCUGACACAAUCCUCGUCAAGUAUUGACAACUCAGGAUAUUCUCAGUGGAAAGAAGAAGAAACACUGACUCAAUAUUGGAUGCUAGACAACAUUUCACCAAAGAUAAGUGAUAGAUUUCUUUUUCUAAAAUCUGUGAAGGAAUUAUGAGACAAAGUUCGUCAUGUUCACUCUACUAAACAUGACGAAUCUCAAAUUUAUAGAAUGGUGCAGAAAUCUCUGACUUUGGUAUAGGGAACAUUGAUUGUUCUGGAAUAUGCUCGUGAAUUAAAAUCCAUCUGGAGAGAAAGCGACCACUACAGACCAAUCAAGAACCCUAAUAUUAAAGAACGAAAUUAUAUCAUGAAAGACAAGCUGUAUAAAUUUUUGAAGGGGCUAAAUCUAGAAUAUGAGACUCUAGUAAAUCAAAUCUUUGCUUGGGAAGUAGUAUCAGAUAUUGAAACAAGGGAAUAGUAAAGUACCAUUCAUCAAAGGAGAUCCUAAGACUGAUCCGAAGGCACACCUAUUUUGCACUUAUUGUCGGAAAAAAUGUCACACUAGGGAGACAUGCUAGAAGAUCCAUGGCAAACCACCCAAUUAUGGAAAGUUACAUUUGGCUAAUGCUCAAAAUGAAAAUGGUGUUGCGCCUAUGAUUCAAGGAGGAGCUAGUCAAGACAGAUCUACUUCCUCUCAACCUUCAGAGAUUGGAAAACUCAGAGAAGAAAUUGAACAGCUAAGGAGCAUGAUCAGCUCCACCUCCUUUGCACAUGCUAGUAAGCAUUUUCCUUAACGUUUUCCCUUAUGCUUAAAUACCUCAUCAUUGGCAUCACCUUCACCCCAAAAAGUGUCAUGGAUCAUUGAUUUUGGAGUUACUGAUCAUAUGCAUCACUAUUCAUUACAUAUGAGGUAUGUACCAAUAAUCAGAAGGUUAUUACUACAAGUGGAGAUUUGUUACCUGUAGCUAGCAUUGGAUCAAUUCAUCUUGAGAAAUUGGGGUCUUUAAGAUAUGUUCUUCAUGUUCCAAGAUUGAAUGCGCAUCCAUUGUUCUCAAGAAAAUUGGGUAAAGACUUGAAUUGUCUAAUAUUAUUUGAUGGUGCUUUCUGUUUCUUCUAUGACAAAACUUUGGGCAAGAGGAUUGGGCAUGUUAGAGCACGAGAUGAACUCUACUACACAGGGUGUAUGGACAAGACGUUGUUGAUGAAUUCCAAUCCAAACAUUUUCACUUUUGCUUCUGCUUCUCCCUUGAACAAAUUGAUGUUGCUGCAUUGUCGUUUAGGACAUCCCAGCAAAAUUAUAGGUGCUUACUAAAAGUACCUAGAUACUUGUUUUCAAAAUUAUAUCAUGCAAUUAGUGAAUCUAUUUUCAUCUACGAACCUUGUCAAAUGGUUAAGCAGCGGCGAAUUUCAUUUCCCUCUACUGGAAUAAAAGUGAAUCCCCUUUUUACAGAAUACAUUAUGAUAUGGGGUCCUUCAUCCAGCGGUGUUAGGGACUUCAGAUGGUUUAUCAUCUUUGUAGAUGACUAGUAGUGUCAUUCAGAGGUUUAUCAAGAUAAUUCAAAAUCAGUUUAGUAUAACUCCUAAGAAACUCCGAUCAGACAAUUCUAAGGAUUUUUUCAAUUCUAUUGUCUCCAAUUUCUUUGCUGAGGGCAUUGUUCAUGAAUCUUCUUGCCCCUAUACACCCCAGCAAAAUGGGGUAGCUGAAAAAAAAUUAAGCAACUGCUAGAAAUAACAAGGGCUGUGAUGUUUAACAGCCACUCAUCUUGUUAAUCAUUUCCCAUCAUAAACAUUAUCAUUUAAGACUCCCAAAGCCUUAUUGCAGGGUUAUUAUCCGACUGUGCAAUAUGGACCAGAUUUACCUCUUCAAGUAUUUGAGAGUGUUGCAUACAUCCAUCAAUCUCAAAAUGGACUGUCUAAAUUUGCCCCUAGAGCCAUAAAGGCAGUCUUUGUGGGCUAUUCCAAUACACAAAAAGGGUAUAAAUUUUAUGACCCAAGACAUCAAAAAUUUAUUGUGACAAUUAAUGUCACAUUUGAUGAAAGCAGCAUGUAUUUCUAGCAAACAACAACUCAAGUAUCUUGUGCUAGAAAAACACGAUUUACACAUUGAGAUUCUCAAGGAGAAUGAAGUCCCUAAAAUGUUACCAAUAAAUUUUUCAGCACCUCCACCCCCACCAAAUCGAUUUGGUCGAGGUUAUUAUCAAAGAAAGCCAAAGAUAAUCAAAGAUACCCAUGAAUAGGAUCUGCUUGACGCAAUAGAUGCCCAUGAACAACCUGACUCAGCAAAUGCUCAUGAGCAACCUGACACAGCAGAUACCAUGAACAGGAUCUGCUUGACGCAACAGAUGCACAUGAUUCUAUUAUUGAAUGUGACAAUUCACUGAUUGAUCAACAAAACCUUCUUAUUACUCAAAGAAAUGAAGGAAACGAAAUCUGCCCUAUUGCUCUCCGCAAAGGAAUUAAAAAAUGUACAAAGAAAAAGGUAUAUCCAUCCUACAAUUAUGUAUCUUAUCAUCACCUAUCUCUGCAGUACAGGUCAUUUCUGUUAGCUAUUGAUAAACACGAUACUCCUCAAAACAUUGAUGAAGCCUUAAGAAGCCCUCUAUGGAAAAAAGCAAUGGAUGAGGAAAUGUUAGCUCUGUAGAAGAAUCAAACUUAGGAACUCGUGCUACUUCCUAAAGGGAAGAAAAUUGUGCGUUGUAGAAGGGUAUACACUAUUAAGUAUAAAUCUGAUGGAACUAUUGAGUGUUUUAAAACUCAGUUGGUGGCAAAAGGCUUCACCUAAUGUUAUGGUAUUAAUUACAUGGAGACCUUUGCUCUAGUUGCAAAGAUGGAAAUAGUUCAAAUAUUAAUAUCCUUGGCUGUCCAUUAUGGAUGGUCCUUAUUACAAUUUGAAGUGAAAAAUGCAUUCUUACAAAGACCCAUUGUGCUAGAAAUCUCAAAAGAAAUAUAUAUGGAGGUUCCAUUAGGAUACAAAGACCCAAAUGAUACUAGUAAAUGUCGAUGGCAAGAUUGUCACAAGAGAUGAUAUGCAAGAAAUCACUUCUCUUCAAAAAUAAUUGACGGCUAUUUUUGAUAUCAAAGUGUUGGGACAAUUAAAAUACUUCUUGGGAAUUGAGGUAGCCUACUCUUGUGGAAAUUUAUUCCUAUUUCAAAGAAAGUAUAUUACAGAUUUACUCAAAUAUACAGGCAUGAGUAAUUGUAAAUCAUCAUGUACCCUCUUCUACUUAUACUUAUUUAUUUACUUAUUGAUUUAAUUUUAUUUUUAUUUUUUUAUAUUCUUUAUCCAGUUGAAGCACAACAUUGUAUUGAGGCUUCAAAGAAAAGUGAUCAAGUAGAUAAGGACUCUUAUCAAUGGCUAGUAGGAAAAUUAAUUUAUCUAUCCCAUACUAGACUGGAUACAUGACCCUAGGGAGGUACAUCAUCAAGCUGCUCAAUGAGUCCUAGCCUAUCUUAAAGGAACAAUUAGCAUGGGCAUCUAUAUCGAUGCUGCUUAUGCUGGUUCAGUUGAUGAUAGAUACUCUACUACUGGCUAUUGUUGUCUCAUUGGAGGAAAUUUGGUCACUUGGCGAAGCCAAAAACAAAGAGUUGUGGCUCAAUCAAGUGCUGAAGCAGAAUUUCGGGCUAUAGCCCUUAGGAUUUGUGAAGGCAUUUGGAUAAAAAAUAUACUAAAUGACUUACAAAUACUCAUGAAAGAUUUGAUAGCCUUGUUCUGUGACAAUCAGUUCGCAAUAAGUAUUGCACAUGAUCCUAUUCAGCAUAACAAGACCAAACACAUUGAAGUAGACAGACAUUUUAUUAAAGAGAAACUCGAACUAGGAAUGUUUUGCACAGAAUUUUUUGCACAGUUGGCUGAUAUAUUAACUAAGAGCAUUUCUGCAACGGAGUUCUGCAAACAAAGGAGCAAGCUAGGCAUGAAUGAUAUCCACGCACCAGCUUGAGGGGGAGUGUUACGCAAAACAAGCUUUUUGCUAUAUUAGGCUUUCCUUCUAUUUUUCUUUUCUUUUCUAUUAUUAGACGCAUUUCCUUUUUCGUGUUUCUGUUAUUAGACCUUUCCAUAAUAUUGAAAAGGUUUAUUAGACGCUAAUAUAAAUAUUGUACUGCCCUAAGAAGGGCUAAGUCAGUUUUCCUUUCCUACUUUCGCUGUGUCUCGUAACAAAUACUACUAGUCCCCAAUCCAAUGACCUUCCCUUCAACAAGCUUUAUUUUUUAUCAUAAACUUUCUCCAUCAUAUUAGACCUUUCUUACUACCUUGGAUAAUAUUACCAUUCUAGUUAAUAUGUCAAAAGCUCUCUCCAAGAAAGUGUGGAAACAGGCCAUGGAUGAUGAGAUGCAUGCUUUUGGAGAAAUAAUACAUGGGAGCUUAUACCUCUUCUUAAGGAUAAACAGGUAGUUGAUUGUAAAUGAGUUUAUUCUAUAAAAUACAAUGAUGAUGGAUCAGUUGAAAGGUACAAGGUCAAACUCAUAGCUAAAGGAUAUACACAAGUUUAUGAAAUUGACUACCAUGAAACUUUUUCUCUUGUGGCAAAAAUGAACACAAUUAGAAUUAUUUUAUCAUUCGUUGCUAUUUUUAGUUGGAAUAUCCAACAAUAUGAUGUGAAGAAUGACUUUCUUCAUGGGGAUCUUACUGAUGAAGUAUAUAUAUAA